GAGGUGCAGCUGAUGGGUGGGGAACAUGUAUAACACGAAGACAAAUGAAGUUCAGAUCAACUCGGCAUACAUGGAAGCCCGACCUUUUUAACAGAAUCAUUUCCUGGCAUCUCUUUCUACAUGCCUGCCUUGCUUCAAUGUCAACAUGUCUCUCAAGGACUGCAGUCCACAAAGGGGGCACAGUCUCAGCCUCCACAGUUUGCCCCUGGCUGAAAAGUAUGGGAAAACGUUUGUCAGGACGUUUUUGGACUUCACACACACAGACACGCCUGAAACUCCCAACGCCAAGGGCUUUCCGUCUUUAUUCCACUUGAGGAGCAUCUCAAAAGUCAAAGUGGUCAGCUUCCUAAUGGGCUUGACUCUGAUGUUCCUUGUUAUGGCUUCAUACAUCCUGAUGUGGGACAAAAAGGGGCUGUCGCUCACUGCCUUGCCUUACCGCUUCAGACCCAUGGAUGUCAGGACCACAGCUCAAGUUCCUAUUGAAAACAGCUUUACAGACCUGAAAGUGUGGAUGAAUAUGACCAGCUUCAAACAACAAUGCACGCCCAGGAAGAUACCCGAUGAAAAGAACAUUAUUGACACGGAUCCUCAUUUGUUCUCGGUGAUUCCUCGCGACUUCUUGCCCAAUAUCAAGAGCCCGUGCUGGUAUGAGGAGAUCUCGAGCGAACUCAUGUCAGACCCGUACAAGAGCAACCGCUUCAGCCUGCGCUCCAAGAGCUUCAAGAGCGUCUGCGACCACAUGAGAGCCAGCUUCCCUCGGCACGUAUGGCACAGAGAUGGCAAACCGUUCCGGCUGCGCUGCCUGCCGUACUUCUACAUCAUCGGCCAACCAAAGUGUGGCACGACAGACUUGUUCCAGAGGCUGCUGAUGCUUCCAGAGGUCAAGUUCAACACAGUAAAGGAGCCACACUGGUGGACCAGGAAACGGUUUGGUUAUAUCCGUUUCAAACAAGGCUUCCAGGAACGUUUUCCCAUCGAGGAUUACCUGGAUCUGUUUGACUUGGCAGCUCAAAACAUCCAGGAAGGAAUCAGUGGAAAUUCUUCUGGAGACCAGCGUGCGCUCCGCAUUAUAACAGGUGAAGCCAGUGCUUCCACUAUGUGGGAUAAUCAAGCCUGGAGCUAUCUCGAUGCAGACCUGAAGCAGUCAGAGCCUCCUUUCCUGGCCCAGGACUUCAUCCACACAGUCCAGCCUGGAGCUAAAAUCAUAAUCAUCCUCAGAGAUCCAGUGGAAAGGCUUUACUCAGACUACUUGUACUUCACCAUUGCCAACAAGUCGGCAGAGGAUUUCCAUCAGAAGGUUGUAGAGUCUGUCCAGUUGUUUCAGUCCUGCCUGUCUGAGAGAUCACUCCGUUCAUGCAUCUACAACACCAGCCUCUUCUACACCACGCCGGUGAGACUAACUCUGGGAAUGUACUUUGUCUUCUUACUGGACUGGCUGACAGUUUUUCACAGAGAGCAGAUUUUAGUUCUAAAACUGGAGGACUACGCAGCCAACCUCAAAAGCACAAUCAAGACAGUUUUUGAGUUUCUCAGCGUUGGGCCUCUGUCWGAGCAAGUGGAGGCAGCUCUCAGCAAACGGCCCAUGUCCAACACCCGGCGGGUCAAAGACAAGAACCUCGGUCCAAUGCUUCCAGCCACCAGAAACCUCCUCAGCAGGUUUUACCUGCCCUUCAACACUGAAUUGUCCAGUGUGCUGAACAACAAUGCUUUUCUAUGGAAUUACAGCAGAAUCAACACUGAGAAAAAUGAACAAUAGAUAACAGUCAAAUCAAGAAGUUACAGCUGAAGCACCUUGGAGUUAAUCUACAGUCAGAAACCUGAUAUUUAUUUGCUUUUUUGAAAGAGAAUUAUGGAUACAAAAAAUAAAMAGAUUUUAUUCUA